GGAAGACACUGUUUUUUUUAAAGUCAUUACUGAGGUCAGUAACUUACAAAGUUGAUGUUUAUUCAAUUUUGUUUUUACAUUAUUUGAAAUGGCGAAUGAAUGUAAACAUAUCAAAGUCGCUUUUCUCACCCUGUUAUGCAUUGGGAUAUACGUAUACCUGUAUGAUCUAACGUGUAGGAAUUUUUAUAUUUCCAAAUCCAUACUAGAAGACGUUAAGCAGUCUCUUAACAUGCAAGUCCUAAUAAUAAAGAGUGAAGAACGGACAGCAAAUUUUCUGGAUGAAUCUUCAUUUCAUGGAAAGACAAAUCGUGCAUUACAAAGCGAGACCAAGAUCAAACUUAAUAAUGAAAAAAUUGUGAACAAAUCAGAAAACUUGAAACGUGCUCAAGAGAGAACUUCGAGAAAAAUUGAUAAUUUGAAGCAGGAGGUGAUCACUAAGGAAUAUCAAGAGAAAAAUAAGUAUGAAUUUCCAGUGAUAACAUUAUUCACCUCAUGGUCAGUAGAUAUCGAGAAAUAUCUCUGUCGAAACACAACGGUUCAUAACUGGUCCAGAUUGAAACCGACCAUUACACCGAUUCUUUUCACAAAUGAUACAGAUCUUACGAAAAGAGUCCAAAAGAAAGGUUGGAAAGUCCACCCAGUGGUUAAAACAGGAAUUGGUAUUCCGGUUUUAAAGGACAUGUUUCUUGCAGCCAUGAACUUUUCAAAAUCGGCUUUUUAUGGCUACGCAAACGGGGAUAUUCUAUUUACAGAGGGACUAUUAAAAACUGUUUUAGCUGUUGAGAACAUGAUAGAUGUGUACAAUAAUACAAUACUUAUGAUAGGACAGAGGACUAACGUACAAAAUAUAUCCAUGCAGGAUGCAGGGGAUUUCGAAUUGUUAAGGAAUAUUUCGAAACAAAGAGGAGAGUUGUUUACGGCAUGGGGUGAGGAUUAUUUUAUAACAAGUGCUAAUUAUCCGUGGAAGGAUAUGCCUGAUGUUGUCAUCGGAAGGCGGGCUUUUGAUAAUUUUAUAGUAAUAGAAUCUUUGAAGCGAGGAUUCAUUGUUAUAGAUGCUACAAAAACAGUUUUAGCGGUUCAUCACACGACAAAGAGUGGAAAUUUCGAAAAUCGUAAGAAAGAAAAUAACGAUUACAAUGUAAAAAUUAUCUCUAAAUAUUAUAAGAAUGGAACUAUUAAUUAUGCCAAAGGUCUCACAAAAUGUGCUAACUAUUACACUAACAUUUUAUCAAACAACACAAUCACACUUUUGAAAAAGAAGAAACCAUAUUGUUAAAUUCAUGUUCAUGAUGCUACACGUGUAUGUGCAUGUCUGAGUAUUUUGUUCUUUAGUGUAAUUUACAGUACACUUUUACUAUAUCAAAAAUAAUAUCCAUAAUUACGACCGUUUCCCAAAGUUUAGUUGUCUUUUACCUAUUUAUGUAAAAUUAUUAAUUGUUCAAUCUUAAUAUCAAGAUCAUGAAGCUUUUAAUGAAAUCGGUUUUCGUGGUCAAUCUGUUUAUAAUUUUUU